AUGUCUCGAAUCACAACAGAAGAAAAUGAUGAUGAAAAAAAGCAGCCGCCACCGUCAAAGCCGGGCCCGGUGUCGUGGCUUUCGCUGCCGCGCAAGGAUCAGCUACUCAUUCUCUUUCUCUGCCGGCUCGUCGACUUUUUGCAGGUCGCCUCAAUGCAAGCCUACGUCUUUUAUCAGCUCAAGCACAUGGACGACUCGCUGUCAGAUGCCCGCAUUUCGACGCAGGCGGGCCUGCUGCAGGCGUGCUUCACGGGCGCUCAGGUCAUGACAGCGAUGCUUUGGGGCAAGGCCGCCGACGCGCACUGGUGCGGUCGCAAAUGGGUUGUUGUUAUCGGGUUGGCCGGAACAGCGAUGAGCUGUCUAGGCUACGGAUUCGCGACGACCUUGUUUUGGGCGGCGUUUUGGAGAGCCUUUGGCGGCGCUGUAAAUGGCACCGUGGGAGUCAUUCGCACCAUGAUUUCCGAAAUUAUCAAGGAAAAGAAAUACCAGUCGCGCGCUUUCCUUAUUCUUCCCAUGAGCUUCAACAUUGCUGGUAUCUUGGGUCCAUUCUUUGGCGGCAUGCUCGCCUCGGCCAGCACAACGUUACCCGGCAUCUUUGCGCCUGGCGCGAUUCUCGGGUUUCGCUGGAUACAGAAGUAUCCGUUUGCGCUGCCGAGUCUCAUGAAUGUGUUUGCGCUUUCUCUCGUCACAGCCAUUGUGACGCUCUUUCUUGAAGAGACGUCACCCUCGAGACGACAUCUCCACGACCCGAGCCUUGCUGUUGGCCAACGCAUCAAGCAGAUUCUGUUUGGAACAAAACCCAAUGCUGGCUACUCGCGCCUCACCACUGGCGAAUCAUGCGCCCUCGAAGAAGAAAAUACCGACACUGACAAGGAGGCGUUUACACUACAGCCGGCACUGCAACGUCGCACAACAACACGUCGUCGUCUCCCCUUGUCACGUAUCUGGACCUCGAAUGUCAUAUUCACGCUCAUCACCACCGCCUUUUACGACUUUCACCUCGGCGCCUUUGGCAACAUUUGGUCGCUGUUCCUCUCCACGCCGCGCUACCUCUCAGACGACCCCUCGGCGGCGGCGGCAGCACCACCACCACCUGCGGCCUCGUCGCUCCAGAAACGCAGCCUCCCGCUGCUCUUUACCGGCGGGCUGGGCAUGCCGGCGCAGACCGUUGGCCUCGCCACCUCGUUUCUCGGCGUGAUUGGCAUGUGCCUGCAGCUGACGCUGUAUCCGCCCGUGCACGCGCGCCUCGGCACCACGCGGUCGUUUCGCUGGUUCCUGUUCCUCUUCCCCGUGUGCUACUUUGUCGUGCCGUACCUGGCCGUCCUGCCGUCCUCGAGCCCGGCGCCCGAGGCGGCCUCGGGCCCGCUCGUCUGGCUCGGCAUCCUCUUUGUCCUGCUGCUCGCCGUGACGGCGCGCACGUUUACCCUGCCCGCGAGCAUCAUCAUGCUCAACAACUGCAGCCCGCACCCGAGCGUGCUCGGCACGAUCCACGGCCUCGGGCAGAGCGUGUCGGCGGGCUUUCGCACCGUGGGGCCCGUCGUUGGUGGCUGGUGGUACGGCUAUGGCUUGGAUAUUGGCAUGGUCGCCUGGGGAUGGUGGGGAGUGGCGAUUGUGUCGGCCAUUGGAUGCCUCACGGCGCUGCGCAUGUACGAGGGGAGCGGCCACGAGGUGCGUCUAGAGGAGGAGGAGGCGGAGGAGGAAGAGGAGGAGGAACCGAUAUAG